CAACCACUGCAGAAACAAUAUGAAGAAGUAGAACCAAACUAAGCAGAAUAAAAGCUUUUCAGUCUGAACCUCACUCUCAGGUCUCUUUUCUGUCGUCGAGUAUAACGCAAGUUUAACCCGUAAGAAAGAAGAAGAUAAUGGCCUCUGAAACUCCCUCUCAGGUUCUAGUGGAAGAGAUAUCGAGUGUAAGAAUCUUAACACUAAACAGACCAAAUCAGCUGAAUGCUUUGUCAUUGAACAUGAUCACUCGGUUGCUGCAACUGUUUCUUGCGUAUGAGGAGGACCCUAGGGUCAAACUUGUCAUCGUAAAGGGUCAGGGAAUAGCGUUUUGUGCCGGUGGUGAUGUUCCUGCUAUUGUUCGUGACAUCAGACUAGGCAAAUGGGGACGCAGUACUGAUUUCAUGUCACUUCAACAUACUCUCAACUAUGUAAUGGCCACGUAUAGUAAAGACCAGGUUUCAAUUUUGAAUGGUAUUGUCAUGGGAGGUGGCGCUGGGGUCUCCGUCCAUGGUCGAUUCCGUAUUGCAACUGAGAACACGGUUUUUGCCAUGCCUGAGACAUCUCUAGGGGUAUUUCCAACUGUAGGCGCCUCCUAUUUCUUGUCAAGGCUCCCUGGAUUUUUUGGAGAGUAUGUUGCCCUCACUGGAGCUAGGUUAGAUGGCGCUGAAAUGCUUGCUUGUGGUCUUGCAACUCAUUUCGUGCCUUCUACGAAGCUGACUGCCUUAGAAGCAGAUCUUUGCAGAGUUGGUUCAAGUGAUCCAGUUACAUUUGCCUCAAUAAUUCUCGAUGCACACACUCAGUAUCCACAUCCGAAACAUAGGAGUGCUUGCCAGAGGCUAGAUGUUAUCGAUAAGUGCUUCUCUCGAAGAACAGUCGAAGAAAUUAUAUCUGAACUUGAGAGAGAGGCCACUCAUAAACCAGAUGAUUGGAUCUCAGCUACCGUUGGAGCAUUGAAGAAAGCUUCACCAGCAGGCCUUAAAAUCUCUCUUAGAUCGGUUGGUUUCGAAGAUGCAUCACAAGCAUGCAAUGAUGGGAAAGAUAAGUUGACUGUGAUUGUGUUGUAUAAAUUUCAGAUACGAGAGGGACGAUUGCAAGGGGUGGGGCAGUGUCUUAUCCGUGAGAAUAGAAUGGUGUCACAUGUGAUGAAGGGAGAUAUAAGCAAAGAUUUUGUGGAGGGGUGUAGAGCCAUAUUGAUAGACAAAGAUAGGAACCCAAAGUGGGAGCCAAGGCGACUGGAGGAUAUGAAGAAUAGCAUGGUAGAGCAGUACUUCAAAAGAAUGGAAGAAGAGGAUGGAUGGGAGGAUCUAAAGCUUCCACCAAGGAAACACUUGCCUGCUUCAGCGAUCGCAAAGCUGUAAAGUUGACAAGGUGCAUGGAGCUCAUCUUGCAUCGUCUGUACCCUACUACCCUCCAAAAUCCUUAGUUCUUUCAUUGUUUCUGGCCAUGCUUCAUGCUUGACACCACAUAUUAUAAGAAAAUAAAUCAGUACCUUAUGGACUCAUCCAAAUGUCUUCGGUUUGGUAUUUUUGUUUGGUUCGGUGCUA